AUGUGUCGACAACAACAAAACCAUGAAAAAACACUUUUUAUUUCAUGUUUAAAUGUCUGCACAAGACUCAAUGUUAUCAUUGAUUCAUAUGAUCGAUAUCAGUUGCUGAAAAUCGUGUUAUAUCUCCAACAGACGUUGCCGAUUUAUCAAUCCUACACAAACAAAAGCGAUUUAAAUUCUAUACCAUCAUCAUCAUCAUCAUCAUCAUCAUCAUCUUCACAUUCCGAUUCAAUCCUUUUUUAG